CGAAUCGUGGAGUUGGUGCAUUCUCAGUAAUUGGUGAUUGGAGAUUCUCGGUUUAAUACACUGAUUAUUGGUUACUGUGGUAUUUAGAAGUUUAGCCGCGGUUAUCUAUUUUGAUUGCCGACAAAAUAUUUAUGUUAUUACUUGUUCGGGAAUCGGUGAAUUUUCGAAGAACCCACUUGGUUUAGCUGAUCAUUCAAGAUGUCGGUAUGCUUCUUUGUGCCUACGUAAGUUCCCGUUACGUAGUUCAACACUAUCGCUGAAGUUAAUAAAUAUCAUCCUUGACCGUAGUCUCCAUAUAAAAUUUUAGAAUGUUUUUAGUCUUAUUCUGCUUUUUAUUGUAAUUUAUUAAGUGAAACCUUUAUGGUUUCAAAAAUUUAUGGCUACAUAGUUGCUAUCUAUGUAACUACAGCCAAUAAAAAAGUUUCACUAAACUUCUUGGUUCUAUUGACUAAUUUCAAGUUACUGAAAACUUGCCUUAAAUAUUUAAUAGGUACCUUAAUUUAUUUUCAUAAUAAGUACUAAAUAAAAAAAUAUUUUUAUUAAUUUAUUUAAAACACAUUAUACUAUUAUUACAGACCAUCUUUACCGCAGAGAUCAUGGUGGAGCUACUGGUGUGGCUGAAGAGGUUGAAGCCGAAGUCACUGAAGAAAUCACCACCAAUGACAAUGGACAGCAGACCUUGCAACAGUUCUGGGGCAAGGUCACGGAAGAUGUCAAAAAAGUCUCUUCCGAGGACUUUAAAACUCCAGCUCUGCCAUUAGCGAGGAUUAAGAAAAUAAUGAAACUGGAUGAAGAGGUGAAAAUGAUAUCGGGAGAGGUACCCAUACUGUUUGCGAAGGCUGCAGAGAUAUUUAUACACGAGCUCACCCUUCGAGCCUGGUCCCAUACUGAAGAUAACAAGAGGAGGACACUACAGCGCAAUGACAUUGCCAUGGCGAUAUCGAAGUCAGAUCAGUUCGACUUCCUGAUUGACAUUGUGCCACGACAUGAGGCUAGUAAAGUCAGCAAGCCCCGGGAGGAGAUACACCGACCAACCACUGUUACUGAACAGUUGACGCAAGAACAUCAUACUACCCUACAGAACGCUGCACCCCAGCAAAUUGUGUUGCAGCCCUGCGCUCAAGUCGUACAGGCAAGUGGAUCAGGGGGAAAUGCGGGGACGAGUGGGAACGUAGGGACAGUGGGGCCCCAGCCUGUGGCUCUCGUGCAGCAAGUAAUGACGCCUUCUGGGGAGGUGCAUCAGGUGCCGAUCCAGCUGACUCAAGCACAACUGAACAUGAUCCGGCUGCAAGUUCAGAACAACCCGACGCAGCCUAUCAUCAUACAAGCACAAGCUCAGCAAUCUCCACAAAUCAUACAGGUUUCGUCGCAAGCGCAACAUCAGCCCCAGCAACAAGUUUACUUAGCACAAGUAGCAACCAGUCAAGACGACUCAUAGUGACAGUGAUAAGCGAUAACGAACUGUAAUGUCGGCCAACCUAAGACAUGAACUUAUAAUUUGAGAAGCCAAAAGGAACUCUUUCCUAUUAGAAAUAAAAUCCGUAAAUGGAAUGCUCUGCCCGCUCACGUGUUCCCUUCCAUCUUACAACCUGGGAGCCUUCAAAAGAGACGUGAAGAAGCAACAUGCAGCGUCGCGU